CUUUGUUCAAGUCUUUUGCCGGAUUAGCAUAGAUUUUGGUGAUUUUCUGUGUUUCGAUUAAAUUUUUAUAUAAGAAAAAAAAAUAUUGUGAAACUCUGCUGUCAUGGGUAAGGAGAAAACUCAUAUUAAUAUUGUCGUCAUCGGCCACGUCGAUUCUGGCAAAUCUACCACUACUGGUCAUUUGAUAUACAAAUGUGGUGGUAUCGACAAACGUACAAUCGAGAAAUUUGAGAAGGAAGCUCAAGAAAUGGGCAAAGGUUCAUUUAAAUAUGCCUGGGUUUUGGAUAAAUUGAAAGCUGAACGUGAGCGUGGUAUCACUAUUGAUAUCGCUCUAUGGAAAUUCGAAACUUCAAAAUACUAUGUGACCAUUAUUGACGCUCCUGGUCACAGAGACUUCAUCAAAAACAUGAUUACUGGCACAUCUCAAGCCGAUUGCGCAGUGUUAAUUGUCGCUGCGGGUACCGGUGAAUUUGAGGCCGGUAUCUCGAAAAAUGGUCAGACUCGUGAGCACGCGUUGUUGGCGUUUACUUUGGGUGUUAAGCAAUUGAUUGUCGGUGUAAACAAAAUGGACUCGUCUGAGCCACCAUACAGUGAAGCACGUUAUGAAGAAAUCAAGAAAGAAGUUUCUUCUUAUAUUAAGAAAAUUGGUUAUAACCCAGCUGCUGUUGCAUUUGUACCCAUCUCCGGCUGGCACGGUGAUAACAUGUUGGAACCAUCCAGUAAUAUGUCGUGGUUCAAGGGAUGGAAAAUCGAACGCAAGGAAGGCAACGCCGAAGGUAAAACACUCAUCGAUGCCUUGGACGCAAUCUUGCCACCCUCCCGCCCUACUGAGAAGCCUUUGCGUUUGCCAUUGCAGGAUGUUUACAAAAUCGGCGGUAUUGGCACAGUGCCCGUCGGUCGUGUCGAGACUGGUGUUUUGAAGCCUGGAUGCGUAGUAGUAUUUGCACCCGCUAACAUCACCACUGAAGUUAAAUCGGUUGAAAUGCAUCACGAGGCCCUCCCUGAGGCUGUUCCUGGCGAUAACGUUGGUUUCAAUGUUAAGAACGUUUCCGUUAAGGAAUUGCGUCGUGGGUAUGUAGCUGGCGAUUCUAAAAACAAUCCCCCUAAAGGUGCUGCCGAUUUUACAGCUCAGGUUAUUGUCUUGAAUCAUCCUGGCCAAAUAGCUAAUGGCUACACUCCCGUAUUGGAUUGCCACACAGCCCACAUAGCUUGCAAGUUCGCUGAAAUUAAGGAAAAAGUUGAUCGCCGUUCCGGCAAGACCACCGAAACAGAUCCGAAGUUUAUUAAGUCUGGUGAUGCCGCCAUUGUCAACUUGGUGCCAUCAAAACCUUUAUGUGUUGAAUCGUUCCAAGAAUUCCCUCCGCUCGGACGUUUCGCUGUACGCGAUAUGAGGCAGACUGUUGCUGUCGGUGUCAUCAAGAGUGUUAACUUCAAGGAUGCUACCGGUGGCAAAGUCACAAAAGCCGCCGAAAAGGCUACCAAGGGUAAGAAGUAGCUGCUUUACCCUAAACAAGAGCAACAACAACAACAGCAACAACAACAAGAACGCACAACAAUAAACUGCUUAAAUUCCAUAAUAGCCAGUAGUAGCCACAACAAUAACAAUACCUAUAGCAGUAGCAGUAGCAGCACCAACAGUAAAA